GCACAAUUUCUAACUUGACGUUUCGGCGGUUCGUACAAUUGUCGAUUGUCUUUGUGUUCUGUGUCUGGAGCGAUGUCUGACAAAGAAAAGGAGGAAGCACCUACAAGUGAACCAACAGAAGCUCCUGUCAAGCGAGGACGCGGUCGGCCACGUAAGGUGAAGCCUGAUGUUGUUCCUGAAACUACAGAUGCUCCCAAACGACGCAGAGGGCGCCCAAAGAAGAACCCCACACCCGAAGAUCUGAAGCACCAUCCACCCAAAGAUCCCAUAGAUGUAGACGAUGACACCGAUGAAGAAACAGAAGCUCCUAAACCAAAGAAGGUAGCUCCUACUACAGGCAAACCCAAGAAAGGCCGUGGUCGUCCUCGUAAAGAUCAAACGACUGCAACUAAAGCUCCAAAGGAGGACAGCGAUGACAAAGAACCGUAGGUUGGUAUGGAUACAGUCAUGUUGGACAGAAUAGAGCAAUUCAUUUUUAUCUUGCUCCAAUAUGUGAACAUUGCAGUGCGUUUCUGCUUGAUGCUGUUGUCUGUCUGUGGAAGCAUUUGGUUGGGCACCCUAAUUGCACAUUUUUGAGCUCUGUGAUAAUGACAAUGACGCUGGUUUUAAGAACACAUGCUGUGGUAGCUUGGUAGCCUGGCUUGGGCUAUGUCAUAGAAACUUGAUGCCUUAUUUCUCAUUGGUAGCGGC